UUGUCGAUAGUUUAGCUCGAUUGUUAGGCUAUCAGAAUGUUCGGUUACACAAUGGAGGUGCUUAUUUUCGAAUGUAUCUUAUGAUAAGCGACUUCAAGUCAGCAAUCUCCGACCUGCCUUACAAUCCAAUAGGCGCUGAUGAAACCACCCGUCAGUCGUCUUCAUGGCAUCAUUCAGUGUAGUGGGGUUUUUGGUCUGCCUUUUGGCAGUUCUGCCGUCAGGUUUGGUUCAGGCCAAAUUGACACGCUACGACAACUAUCGCGUGUAUAAGCUCUCGAUCGAGCGUGUAGAGCAGCUGGAGCUACUGCAACUCAUCGAACAGUUCCCGGAUGGUUAUGCCUUCCUGAGUGAUCCGAUUCAUCUGAACACCACCGUUAAGUUGGUGGUCCCUCCGCAUAAGACUGCAGAAUUCGAAGAACUCAACAAUAAAUAUUCCUUGAAGAGUGAAUUAGCCUUCUCGAACCUUCAAGCAGUUAUCGAUAGACAGCUGCGUGGUCGCCGGGAAACGUUCGGUUGGACUGCGUAUCAUCCGCUGGAGGACAUUUACGCAUGGUUAGACACACUGAUUCAGCAAUAUCCGGACGUGGUCAGCCCAAUCGUCGCUGGUGAGACUUACGAAGGUCGGCAGAUUCGUGGCGUAAAGGUGUCGUACAAGCAAGGAAAUCCAGCGGUCUUUACCGAGGGUUCUAUACACGCACGCGAAUGGAUUAGUGCAGCUACGGUAACAUGGAUGCUGAACGAGCUGCUCACCUCACAAGAUGCAGCCGUUCGUAACAUAGCCGAAAAUUACGACUGGUACGUGGUACCGGUGGCCAAUCCGGAUGGGUAUGUCUAUACGCACACCACUACGCGCCUGUGGAGAAAAACUCGUUCACGUCAGAAUGUGCUAUGCUACGGUGUGGAUCCUAACCGCAACUGGGACUACAUGUUUAACCAGGGUGGAACAUCAACGACUCCGUGCUCGGACACCUUUUCUGGACCGGCGCCAUUUUCGGAGAUUGAAACCCGCACUCUAUCGGAGUACAUUCGCACGAUUCCAAACCUAUCUACCUAUCUCGAUUUCCAUUCAUCCGGUCAGCUGCUGAUGGUACCAUAUGGACACACAAGAGAACCGCUAGAUAACUACUACGAGCUAAUGGAAAUUGGAACAAAGGCAGCCGUAAAGUUGCAGGAGCGACACGGUAGCUUCUAUCAGGUUGGAAACAUAGCCGAGAUUAUCUACGUUGCUUCUGGUAGUAGCUUGGACUGGGUAAAAGGAACUCUUCAAACGCCACUCACCUUUGCCUAUGAGUUGCGUGAUACUGGCGAGUACGGAUUCUUGCUACCUCCAGAACAGAUCAUCCCGACGGCAGAAGAAACUCUCGACUCGAUCAUCGUGAUCUUGGAGGAAGGCAAAGCCUUGGGUUACCAUUUCUUAUCUUCAAAACGCCCAAUUUCUCCUACGUCAAACGAUAAGAACUGGCUACUACGUUGGUUUUACCACCGUGUACCCAUCGCAGAUAAUCCUCACUGCAAAUACUAUAAAGCUUCCUUCACAUCUGAAACAGCGCUUAGUGUCCGCUGGACGGCAUCUUCCGUAGCUAUGAAGUUCCUUUUGGUGUGUGUUGCGUUCGCGCUGUUUGGUGCCACAGUGGCAGAAAAGGCCCGGUACGAUAAUUACCGUGUGUAUCGGGUGCGCAUCCAGACCGAGCGCCAAUUAGAACUGCUGCAAGCCAUCGAACAGUAUCCCGAUGGGUACCGAUUCUGGAGCGAUCCGGUUAAGGUCGGAACCGAAGUGUCACUUGUAGUGCCUCCACACCAACGUGGACAUUUCUCCGACAUUCGUGCACGGUUCGCACUGCGAGCUGAGCUUCAAAUUGCCAAUCUACAGCAGCAGAUCGAUCUGGAAUCGCGUCCAUCACUGCGCAAAGACACGUUCGGAUGGACGGCGUACUAUAAUACGGAUGCGAUCUAUGCUUGGUUGGAUGGCUUGGUAGCAAGCAACCCGGGUGUCGUAACGCCGCUUAAUGUUGGUAAUACCUACGAGGGACGACCGAUCAAAGGUGUGAAGGUGUCCUACAAGGCGGGUAAUAAGGCCGUCUUUAUGGAGGGAUUAAUUCACGCCCGUGAGUGGGUCAGUGGAGCUACGGUGACUUGGAUAUUGAACGAGUUGCUCACCUCCAGCGAUCCCCAAGUGCGUUACAUUGCGGAAAACUACGACUGGUACUUUUUCCCGGUGACGAAUCCCGAUGGUUACGAGUAUACACAUACGACCGAUCGUCAGUGGCGUAAAACUCGUUCAGAGGUGAGCGUACUGUGCCGUGGUGCGGAUCCUAACAGGAACUGGGGAUACAACUUUAUGCAGGGUGGUGCAUCCAGUGUGCCCUGUUCGGAUACGUUUGCUGGUUCGGUUGCCUUCUCGGAGGUGGAAACUCGUCAGUUGUCUGAUUUCAUCUCGACACUGGACAACUUAAGCACCUACCUUGCAUUCCAUUCCUACACUCAGCUGCUACUGGUGCCAUACGGUCACACUACCGCCCGGCUGGACAAUUACGAUGAAACGAUUGCGAUCGGUACGAAGGCGAUCAACAAACUUCGGGAGCGUUACGGCACAACUUACAGAAUUGGCAACAUUGCUGAAGCGAUCUAUGUCGCUUCCGGAGGUAGUAUCGAUUGGGUGAAGGGCGUUCGUCGCACUCCUUUGGUAUACGCGUACGAACUCCGCGAUCUUGGACAGUACGGAUUUAUUCUGCCACCGGAGCAGAUCAUCCCAACGGCAGAGGAAACGCUUGACUCGAUCAUUGUGAUCCUGGAGGAAGGUGCCAGCUAUGGUUAUCACUAGAAUAGAAGAUGGAAAUAUAUUGCAUGAGAAUACACUACGGCAAACAUUA